AUGUUGGACGAGCCGACAUCUGGCCUCGAUGCCACUACGGCCUUGGACAUCAUGCGCUCACUGAAGAAGUUGUCAGAGAUUGGCAUGACAGUCGUCAUGGUAGUGCAUCAACCACGGUACUCCUUAUUCACCCUGUUCGAUGAAGUGCUCCUUCUUGGCCUGGGAGGGAAGACUGUUUAUCUAGGCAACAGCAAAGGUGUACUGCCAUAUUUCACCAGCUUGAGCUACAGAAUGCCCGAGCAUGAGAAUCCUGCCGAUUGGUUUAUGGAUGUCAUAUCAGGCAAGGUGAAGAACGAAGGCAACCCAAAUUUGAAGUCCGACGGGCUCGCAGAAAUUUGGGCACAGCGUUUCACAGAGAUUGUUGUAGAAUCCGCUGAAGACAAUCAGGUUCGGACAGUUGACUUGUUCACCUUCACGAAAGCCCUGGAUGCAAGGUUAGCUUCCGCAGGUGUGGAUUCAGACAGGAUCACUGAUGAGCAGUUCUUGAAACUGCUUGAAGUGAGCGCGGUCAAGGAACCUUCUCCAGAUGCACUUCGGGAGUUGAAAGACCGAAUUGGGUUUGAAGGCAACUCAGUUUCUCGCGACAAACUCUCCAGCUUCCUUUGUGGAUUGAGCGGUUCUUUCUCCAGCGAUGCCCUCAGCGCCACCGCCAACGUCCAGAAGGACAUGGCAAUUUCAGAGGCUUCUGCGAGCACUGCCCCAAUCAGCGAGGAAAAGAUGUCUGGAAAGCGCGCGCGCUUCUGCGCGCAGUUUCCCGUCCUGCUCCACCAAAACGUGAUUCGAUGGAUGAGGCUUUGGAAACACAAAGCAUUCAGUUUGGCUUUAAUGUCCCUGGCCGCCAUGGUCUUCGGUACUCAGUGCAAGGACAAGCUCACGCCUGAGAAUGUUCUGUGCCCAAUCAAGAUCAACAUCUCGCACGUUGCCAUCGGGCUCCUUAUGGGUGUUGCAUGCCUGCCCAUCUUUGGUUCUGAUCGCAUGGUUUUUUGGCGUGAAAGCGCAAGUGGAGUAAGGGUUAGCGCAUUCUUCCUGUCCAGAGCAACCGUGUUCCUCUUCGACGUGCUGGUUUGGACCUACGUGUUCACUGCAGUGUGGAAGGUGAGCUCUCAGGCUCCAUGUGGGUACUGGCUAUGGCUGGUGGCUCUUCGGAUGACUGCAGUCAGCGCCGCAGGGAUUGGCGUGUUGAUCUCGACCCUGAUUCCCAAAUCGAGUUCGACUUUGGCAACAGCUGUGGUUCUGCUCAUCAUGGGGGGUGCCAUUAGUGAACCUCAGGUGGUGGCAGAGGCAAAAGGCAGCUUUAAUGAAGUGCUGGCAUUUCUCUCCCCAUUCACUUGGACAUCCGGUGAGAACUACUUGGCAGUCAUCGCAGAGAUGGGUGGCGAGGACUAUGUGAACAUUUUCGCACUCGACAUGAUGGAUGGCUACCGCAAUGUGCUGUUGUCCAUAAACUUGGGCGGGCAGAAUUUGGAUUAUCUCACAUCGGCAUACAUCUCAUGCAGCGUUUUCGGCUUUCUCGGGUUGACUUUUGGCUAUCUUGGGCUGCGAUUUUCGCACCGUGGAAAGCAAGCCUAA